CCGCUCAACCUCCUCCACUUGUGUCUCUUGCUCGCUACCGACUUCCUUCUCUAACCUCGACCACCAUGGACCGCUUCCUCGCACCACAGUCCCCCGAAGCCCAAGCGCACACCUAUCUCACUGAAAACUGGUUUUCGUGGGAUCAGGAUCAUCCUUCUCUCGACGAGACGCUCACGUCUGGUUGUGCUACCUACCAGGCGUUCCAGAGGUUUUUGAACGGGGCUGACCUCUACCUCGUGCCACAAAACCGCAGUGACCUCGAGAGCGUUUUGCGGAGGUACGCAUAUGAUGCCAUCCACAACACAAUCGCGAAAUCGCGUUCGCAGCUUGAACGUGGUGGUUACAGUCGGAUGUGCCACCUCGUCGAGGAGUCGAUCCGCAAGGUAUUGAACGAGAAUGACAACGCCGCGACGCUCCUCGACCUUCACCGUCCACGCCACGAAUCGAGGAUGAACGAUUUCAGUGCCUCUGGGCGGUCUAUCAGGAUCAAGUAGAGGUCGAGCUCGCC